AGGCGAGAGACAAAGUGAAAGAAAGAGAGGAAGAGGAGAGAGGUACCUGGGCACAUGAUCAUUCCCCAACGUCUGUGCUACUACAGCCUUGUAGCCUAUGCUACUUAUUUUUAGAUUAGUGGAUAGAUUGUAAGACAGCGAAAUUUAAACGGCGCGAAGCAGAAAAAGGAAAAACAAAAAUACCCUGUGAUCGAUACAAAAACCGGCAUCGACAUGUCAGAAAUUGUCCCCCCUGAAGUGAGACCUAAACCGGCCGUCCCAGCCAAACCCUCUCAUGUGGCACCGCCUUCCAGCGUCCCCUUUGUGCGUUCACCCCAGGAAACAGGGGGAGGUGGGCAAGGGUCAGGUCGAGGAUCUGCAUUGCUUGGAUACAUUGGGAUAGACACCAUCAUUGAGCAGAUGCGGAAGAAGACCAUGAAGACCGGCUUUGAUUUCAACAUCAUGGUAGUUGGUCAAAGUGGUCUGGGGAAAUCCACCUUAGUGAAUACUCUGUUUAAGUCACAGGUGAGCAGGAGAAGCACAGGCUGGAGUCGUGAUGAGAAGAUUACAAAGACUGUAGAGAUUAAAUCUGUUUCUCAUGUGAUUGAGGAAGGAGGUGUGAAGAUGAAGUUAACCGUUGUUGACACACCAGGCUUUGGGGACCAAAUUAAUAACGAUUAUUGUUGGGAGCCCAUCUCCAAAUACAUCAAUGAACAGUAUGAGAAGUUUUUGAAGGAAGAAGUGAACAUUGCUCGCAAAAAACGUAUCCCAGAUACCAGAGUGCACUGCUGCCUGUACUUCAUUUUGCCAACCGGACACUCGCUUCGCCAGUUGGAUAUUGAGUUCAUGAAACAUCUGAGUCGUGUGGUUAACAUCAUUCCUGUCAUCGCCAAAUCUGACACGCUCACUCCUGAUGAGAAAACUGAAUUCAAACAGAGGGUGAGGAAGGAGCUGGAGGUUUAUGGAAUCGAGUGUUAUCCACAGAAAGAAUUUGAUGAAGACAUGGAGGAUAAGAGUGAUAAUGAUAAGAUCAGGGAGUCAAUGCCCUUUGCUGUGGUAGGAAGUGAUAAAGAGUACCAGGUCAAUGGCAAACGAGUUUUGGGGAGGAAGACAGCCUGGGGAGUGGUGGAGGUUGAAAACCCAAAUCACUGCGAAUUCUCCUUACUUCGUGAUUUCCUGAUCAGGUCUCACCUCCAGGACCUGAAAGAGGUCACUCAUAACAUCCACUACGAGACGUACCGUGCCAAGAGGCUCAAUGAUAAUGGAGGUCUGCAUCCCAUCUCCUCCACUGGUACUGACACACAGGAGAGUAACCUGUGAAGAAAAAUGAGCAUGAAAACAAGAGAUAGCUAGGAAAGAUGAAAGAGGAGAAAAAAGAUUACAAAGUUUCACUUUAUAAUUCAGCUUAGCAUGCUAUGAAGAAUUAAUUGCUGUGGAGGUUUUGUCAUUGUUCUCCUUUUAACCCUUCGUGGAACUCAUCUUGUCUUCUCUUUUCACAUAACCUUGCUGUCAAGUUAGUUCAAUAACUUGAAAUUACAAAAAAAGCCCUUCCCAGUUCUUCAGCUCACAAUGGUGAUUUUAGUGAGUGAGAUUGCUUGUGCAGGCCUCAUAUGAGGGUAAAUAGUCCUGUGUACAUUUUUUUUUUUAAACAGAAAUUGUGUCCACUUCCUCUGUUCUCUUUCUGAUUCUGAACCUCUCCCUUUGUCCUCAAUGAGCACCUCAAUUAGAGCAGUUUAAUAUAGUUACAUUGUUCAGCACAUUGGAGGAUUGCUCUGCCACUGGAGCUUACUCUAUGGGCCUUAAUUAUUAAAACAAUUAGCACACUUUUAGCUCAUUUGCCAAUGCAAGAAAGCAUGGAUCUGAAUAUAAACUCCAUGAAUUGUCACAGUGCUGUCACACAUUUGAACGCCAUUUGUCCAGUCUGAACUAACUGUUGUAUAGUAAAUUUUUACAAGCAAAGUGUUUUAAUAGGUGUUGAAAAUGUUCAUCUCUUUAGACCUGAAUAAACUAGAAAACAUUCCAUGUCUUAGGUCAGUAAGGAUCACUACUUUAUUUUAAGAAUGAGAAAUGUCAGAAUAAUAGUAGAGAGAAUAAUCUAUUUCAGCUUUUAUUUCUUUCAUCACAUUCCCAGUGGGUCAGAAGUUUACAUACACUUGUUAGUAUUUGGUAGCAUUGACUUUAAAUUGUUUAACUUGGGUCAAAUAUUUUGGGUAGCCUUCCACAAGCUUCUCACAAUAAGUUUCUGGAAUUUUGGCCCAUUCCUCCAGACAGAACUGGUGUAACUAAGUCAAGUUUGUAGGCCUCCUUGCUCGCACAUGCUUUUUCAGAUUCUGCCCACAAAUUUUCUAUCGGAUUGAGGUCAGGGCUUUGUGAUGGCCACUCCAUUACCUUGACUUUGUUGUCCUUAAGCCAUUUUGCCACAACUUUGGAGGUAUGCUUGGGGUCAUUGUCCAUUUGGAAGACCCAUUUGCCACUGAGCUUUAACUUCAUGGCUGAUGUCUUGAGAUGUUGCUUCAAUAUAUCCACAUAAUUUACCUUCAUGAUGCCAUCUAUUUUGUUAAGUGCACCAGUCCCUCCUGCAGCAAAGCACCCCCACAACAUGAUGCUGCCACUCCCAUGCUUCACGGUUGGGAUGGUGUUCUUCGGCUUGCAAGCCUCACCCUUUUUCCUCCAAACAUAACGACGGUCAUUAUGGCCAAACAGUUCAAUUUGUUUCAUCAGUCCAGAGGACAUUUCUCUAAAAAGUAAGAUCUUUGUCCGCAUGUGCACUUGUAAACUGUAGUCUGGAUUUUUUAUGGCAGUUUUGGAGCAGUGGCUUCUUUCUUGCUGAGCAGCCUUUCAGGUUAUGUCGAUAUAAGACUUGUUUUACUGUGGAUAUAGAUACUUGUCUACCUGUUUCCUCCAGCAUCUUCACAAGGUCCUUUGCUGUUGUUCUGGGAUUGAUUUGCACUUUUUGCACAAAACUACAUUCAUCUCCUAGAGACAGAAUGCGUCUCCUUCCAGAGCGGUAUGAUGGCUGCAUGGUCCCAUGGUGUUUAUACUUGCGUACUAUUGUUUGUACAGAUGAACGUGGUACCUUUCAGGCAUUUGGAAAUUGCUCCCAAGGAUGAACCAGACUUGUGGAGGUCCACCAUUUUUUUUCUGAGGUCUUGGCUAAUUUCUUUUGAUUUUCCCAUGAUGUCAAGCAAAGAGGCACUAAGUUUGAAGGUAGGCCUUAAAAUACAUCCACAGGUACACCUCCAAUUUACCUCAAUUAGCCUAUCAGAAGCUAAUUGGCUAAUUACCUAAAGGCUUGACAUAAUUUUCUGGAAUUUUCCAAGCUGCUUAAAGGCACAGUUAACUUGGUGUAUGUAAACUUCUGAUCCACUAGAAUUGUGAUACAGUCAAUUAAAAGGAAACAAUCUGUCUGUAAACAAUUGUUGGAAAAAUUACUUGUGUCAUGCACAAAGUAGAUGUCUUAAAUGACUUGCCAAAACUAUAGUUUGCUAAUAUGAAAUCUGUGGAGUGGUUAAAAAAAUGAGUUUUAAUGACUUCAACCUAAGUGUAUGUAAACUUCUGAUUUCAACUGUACAUCUCUCAAACAUUCCAGCUCACCAUAGCAUUCUUCCACAUGAUCUCUACACAGACUAAUAGUAAUCUAUGAAGGAAAAAGGUUUUAUACAAGUUAUGUUUAAUGGACACUAUUUGUGGUUAAUGUUAGUAACCGCAUUAAAUAAUUUUAACUGGUCCCUCUUUUUCUUUUAAAUAAAUAAAUAAAUAAAAGCAAAAAUCAAGGUUACAGUGGGGCACUUGCAAUGGAAGUGAAUGGGGCCAAUUUUGGCAGAAUUGUGAAGCUUAUAAUUUUUUUAAAACACUUACAUUAAUUCUUCUACAGUAAAGUUGUUUAAUUUAACGUUUUUACGGUCGAUUUAAAGUUUACUGCGUUACAUCAUCAUGGCAACAAAGUUGCAAAAUUGGAUAUAACUUUACAUAGAAAAUGGUAGUAAGUGAUUUUAUCACACUAAAAUCAUGUUAACACGCAUAUUGUUUACGUCUUGUGGCUAUAAUUAUGAAACGGUAAGUAUUUUAAUGUUUACGGGUUGCCCCUGUUCACUUUCAUUGUAACCCAGAUUUUUUUAUUUUUUAAAGAAAAGGAGGGAUGAGUCGAAAUUUUUAUUUAUUUUGUAAUCAACAUUUGCCACAAAUGCUGUCUAUUGAGCUUAAAGGUAUAGUUCACCCAAAAAUGAAAAUCUCAUUUACUCACCCUUAUAUCAUCCCAGAUGUGUAUAACAUUCAUUCUUCUGCAGAACACAAAUUAAGGAUUUUUAGAAGAAUAUCUCAGCUCUGUUGGACCAUACAAAGCGAGUAAAUGGUGACCAGAACUUUGAAUUUCCAAAAUGCACAAAGGCCAAUAUUGAUCUGUUUCUUACCCACACCUAUCAUAUAGCUUCAAAAGACAUGGAUUUAACCACUGGAGUCGCAUGGAUUACCUUUAUGUUUCCUUUAUGUGCUUUUUGUAGUUUCAAAGCUUUGGUCACCAUACACUUGCAUUGUAUGGAACUACAGAGCUGAGAUAUUCUGUUUAAAAUCUAAGAUGGCAUGAGGGUGAGUAAAUUAUGAUUUUUGGGUGAACUCUCUCUUUAAAUUGUAUUGAACCUGGAAUUUUCGUUUAAGUCAGAAACCACUACAGAUACAAGUUACUGAUCUUAAAUCAGUUCACAUUUCACAUUAUUAGGAAUAAUAAAAACAUGGAUCAAAAUAAUUAUGAAACAUUACAUUUAAGUUUUAUUUAUUAUAUUACCUAUGCUUUCGUUUAAUAAAAAUGUUUGCCAUUA